GUUUUUCUUUAAAACUCCCUCCACAGAAAAUAUUUCCAAACUUAAGUUGCAGUUUUGAGCCCCCCUAUUAAUCCAUAGUUAUCAAAAGGUCCUUUUCAAUUUCAAUGUUCGGAUCUGUAGUGGGUAAACAUUACAGAAGCUCUUUCUCUUGGUAAUUCCCCUGCACAGCCACAAGUUUAUCUUGUCUACUCGGCAGAGAGCUAGAAACCAUUCACACAAAAUCCUAUUUAUGAAUAUGUUAAAAGAAUUGUAAGAUACUCAAGGCUGCUGCAGUUCUCUUUCGGAGUACAUAGUUUAAAAGGUUUUGGAUGUGGUGGUAACAAUUUAACAUGAAAUUGCUAGAAAGUGAUACAGAAUUGUAAGAGGUGCGAUUUUUUAAAAUGCAAAGUUUGGCGAUGGUUGAGCCUAUGAUGAAAUUUAUGCUUAAAUUAAGUGAAUAGGAAAACUUGUGAAACAGAAUACAGCUGUUGGAUCUGCGAAAUGGAUUUUGACUGAUUUUGCCUCUUUCUGGUGAUGAGACUUAGUGUCAUGUUAUUUGAGGGCCUGAGAUUGUAUCUCCCGGCUAAUCCUUUCUUGCUUAAAAACUGUUUACUCUUUGCUGGUUUAAUUUGUCAAUCUUAUGCUUGAUGGUAACUCAAACUUAAUUUUGGACUAUGUUAGACAUUAUUAGAUUGGCAUAACUGUGGGGUAGUUAUUGUCUUUAACGAGUUGGGAUUAAUUUAAUUGAACAUGUCUCGUACUUUCUCUUGCGGGCCUCUCAUUAGAUUCUGGAAAGUUUUCUUUUCUUAUUUUCAUUAUUAGAAGAGUCUGCCUCUUGAAGAAUUCGAGUGGUUAUUGACUCAGUUCAGAUUAGUAAUCGGACUUUACAGUCAACUUUUGCAAUUUCUAGUUUGUGACCUCGUUGAGAGUACUUGAAAUGUCAAGAUUGUACAGCCAGUGAUUGAGAACAGAAUUAGGGGGAGGCAUAUUAGGCCCAAAGACUCUGUGGUCUCGCAUGCCCUUCUUUUGGUUAAGCAAUGAUGCAUCUUACUCUUCUUGGUUCGUAGUUGGGUAUCUUAAGAGUCCUUCUUACCCCUCAUUUUCCAAUCCAGUUCAGGUGAUUGCUAUCUUCUCAAGUCUGAAGUCUGUGAUUUAAAAGAAAAGAACAUACUCCCCAGGGGUGCUUGGCAACCCCUUCCACAUCUUUAGGAACACACCUAAGCAAUUCUAAAUGCUCUUUAGUCAUAAAUGUAAUAUGAGAAUCUUUUUCCUAAAAAUCUUUGACUUUAUUCCUUUGGGUAGAGAAUUCCAUGAACCUAGAUGCAAGGUAUAAACAUCCUCCUAUUAUUAUGGGAUCGUUUGACGUGUAAUGUGGGUGAUUAGGUUAUUUGACCUUUGAAUGGAAUUUUGGGAAGCUGAUUUCUGCACAUUAUUAACUUAGAUUUUUUGUUACUUUUGUUUAAUUAACCAAGUUACCUUUUAUUCUGAAAUUUAAAUUGGCAUUGCGGUCUAAUGUUUCUGUUGCAAUUGGUAGAGUGAAUUUUUGUGAACUAGCAUGAAGAGUUUAAAGUUUAAACAGCACCACAUUGGUUAGAAAUGUUAUCUGUACAUCUCUUACAAAUUCUUUUUAAGCUAGGUUGUAGAUUCGUGUGUUUAGAGGGUUAAACUCUUGUGGUAUCUGCUCUCUUUUGAUAUUGGGAAAGGAACAAAAAUUUUGAUGGAGGAAUUUUGCUUUUUAAAUGUUUGAUAACAGUUAUUUUUUUCAUCCCUAAUAGAAGCAUCGUUGGUUUUCAUAUAUUAAUAUCGUGCAUAUGAGGGCAUGCCUUUUGUUAUUUUGUUUGGGGAGCAUGCUGCUGCUUCUUUCUUUCUCCUCCCCCUCCUCUCAUUUCAUUGGCAGUUGUCUUUGAGCAGGUGAAUCAUGGGAAACAAACCUGCAAGGCCACAAAAAGAUAAGGAAACAGUGCUGUUGAAGAUAGUACCUCCUUUAGAUCAAUCAUAUGUCCGUUGGCUUUUCCGAGAUCUUGAGAGAAUUCAUGGGUUUGCUCCUAGAAAUCCAAAGGCAAUUAAACCUCCAGAUCAUUAUAUUGAGUACAUGCGCUUGAAUGGGUGGUUAGAUUUGGACCUAGAUGACCCUGAUCUUUCGCAUUUGUUGAAAUGAGUUUGGUUUGUGUUUAUCCCAGAAAUGGCUGAAACAAAGAAGCUAAACAGAUUCCCUUUUCUUGUACGGGCAUUGCGUAUAUGAACACAACCUGUUUGGACUUGGUAAGGUUAAUAUUGUAGUCAAUGUGCUGCACUUCUAGAGAUGCAUAUUGGUUAGAAAAUGGGUAUGUAUUCCUUCUGUUCUAUACUAGGUGAUCCUUUCUGUUAUAUAAUGUAUGUAGAAAAUAUUUUUAAUCUCCUUUUCCAUUGGUUGAUAACAUAUUUCUAGACUCCAUGCUUAAUGAAUAGAUGGAUAUGUUAUUUGUUGCCCAGAAAACUAAUUGUAGAGCAUGAUGUUUUAAUGACACUUGUACCUGACUAGAGACCGGAAAUACAAAUAUUACUGGGCCAUAAAAAUGCAUAUCUUUUCUUUUUGUUCUAAAAAUGAUACAAGAGAACCAAUUAGCUAAUAUUAAAAUCUAGGGUGACACAAAUUAUCCUAGGAAUAUUGCUUAUUAUUAAUCUCACGAAUCACAUAGCCACUAUUUUGUGUAUCAAUUUUUCAAAAUUUCAUAAUACAAAAUUAUUCUUAUCUCUUAAAGUUAAAGAAAAAAAAUAAAAGAGAACGUUGUCAAAUGGGCUACUCAUGACCCAAUCCUUCGUGAGAUAAUAUCUCAGCCCAAAUUUGAUUUAAAGUUCAUGGUCAAGUCCAAUCAAUAAAUCUGGGCCUGGACUUUGAUAGUGAUGUUUAGAUAAUGCACUUGAUAAUCUUUAUUUUGGGUAGGCGCACAUUGGAUUGUGAACCAAUCAGAAUCAGACAACUCAGCAGUUUAAGAAAUUAAACCGUAGCACCGAAGGUACUAUAAGGCGCGAAUUGCCGUUUCGAAAGGUGGCCGAUUUAUGACUCUUUUGCGGUCAGACAAACUCAACCUGGAAUUCUACUAGAAGUUCUUAUAGCAUCAUAUUUCGUUGUCAAUUUCUUUAAUUGUAUUUAUGCAUUUUGCGUACAGAAAUCUUCUUAAUUCUUACGUUUUAGGAUUUGAUACUAAGAUUAAUACUCUCUCCUGAAUCCUGAUCUCACGAUUAAAAUUUUUUUUAAAAUAUUACUUAGUUUCUUUCACUUAUUAUUCGUGAAUUUUUCGUGGGCUCGUGUGUGUUUAUAUUUUUUCUACUUUUUGGACUACAUAAAAACAUUACACAUUGAAAUUUCUGAAUACUCUAAAUAUAUAGUACAAUUCACAACUUGUAAUGAGUUAACUUUUUUCUAAAAUAGAAGUUUUUCUUUUUGUAGACUGUGCAUUGACAAUUAACACAAUAUGCUAACCUUGCAAGC